UUUACAGUCCACAAGAGCGGAAGUUGACUGCGCACAGUGGUUCGUCGCGUUGGAGUGAAAGUUACAAGCCUAUUUGCCACGUGAUCACGCGUCUCGGAGCAGCGCGCAGCAUUGGAACAGCUCUGUCCUUUGACAGAGAUGAUUAUAGCAAAACGCGGCACGAGAUACUUUGCAGAAAUUUUUGCAUUUUGCCGAUUCAUCAAGAAUCGCUUUUGAGUUGAGCCCAUGGAAUUGAGGAAGCUCAUAGAUGGCGAGACUGAAAGGCUUUAACUUACCGGAGUUAAGAUAUUCCUUCAUAAAGACCAAUCAACACCUUUGGAUAUCCCAUGCCACACCACUACACACCCCAUCCAGCUAGAAAAAGAGCUACUCGCGAGACUAAAGACAGCUCGCGACGAGGUUGGGUGAAUGACUUACCUAUCUGCAGACCUACAUAUCCACGCAUUUAUAUGUGGUCAGCUCUCUCAAUCGCUCCUAACCGUGUCUGUAUAGUUACACACUUUAUACCCCAUUGUACCCAGUUAAAGCCCGGCUACUCGUACAGGUCCUUCAUCCACCAUGGGUCUCAAGCGCAAGGCGUCCUUCACCUCCAUUACCUCCCCAAGGAGCCACAGCUCCCCAACCUACCAUAACCACAACCACAACAACAACCAGACCUCCCCAAUCCAAAUGCCAUUCCUAGGCACCGCAACAGUCACCGUCGACGAGCCCCCGCGACACCUCCAUAGCCGCACGCGCAAACGGUUCCGCAACGACCGCCCGGACGACCAGAGCAUAUACGAUAAAACCCUCCAAUGGCUAUUUUCCGCCCAGCGGAAACCAAACGUAUCGCAGAAUAACCUAGAAUCCACGCUGGCGGCUUCUACCGCUGAUGAUCCCCCCAAUGAACAACAGCCAUCACCACCACCCUUAGAUCCCAAUCAGCAGACGCUGCAGAGAUUCUUCCAGCCCGUUCGCAGUUCACGAAAUGCCCAGAACCAGGACUAUAACCAUGGAUUCAAGGCUGUAGUGCUUCCAGCUGCCACACCCACACAGCAUUUAGCAAAUAAUGGUGUAUCGAUAUCGAAUCCUACACAGCCGGUUGAGGGGAUGGGUAUGAAUAAUACGGGUCUGGACGUCAACAUGGACAUGGAUAUGGAUGGGGGUUGUGGGGGUAUGGAGGGCUUCGUGCCGGUGCAUGUGUUGAUGGCCCUAGAGCAGGGGCAGGGGCAAGUACAUGCACAUCAUCGUCAUCAUUAUCAUCAACAACAACAACAGCAACAACUGCACGAGCAGGAUAGGCGAUGGGUUGGUGGUAUCGGAUGGAUGUAGUUUGUGUGUGCCUAUUGGGUUGGGGGGUUUAUGUCUCUUAAUUGCUUAUUUCUUAUUGAUUGAGGUUUUGUGUCACUGCUGUAUAUAUAUAUGGGCGUGCGGCGUUCUUUUUUUGGGUCGGAUGUCUGAUAUGUUUUUAGCCCUUCGAAACGGAGCAAGUUCGUUCAUUUGGGAUGUGAGGUCCUGCUGCUUGCGGGUAUGUUCUUCUUGUCUCCCUUGCCAUUAUAUAUCGGUAGAUGUCAGCUGGAAUCAUAGAAGUAGAUGUACGAAGAACAUUUGAAGCACAGAAGAGGCGCCGUUUUUGAAUUCUCUUGAACUGAAAUUGCUCAAGAGAUGUUGCAUAAGAGCAUGGAUAGCACCCGAUGCAUAGAAAUAUGUACAUCCCCUUCGAAAGAAGAAAUUGUAUUAAUAGAUUCUUCUCAAUGUGGCGUAUUCUAUAUAUCCAACAGACAGCCAACAUCAAACUGUGGCGCAACCAUUUAUCAUAAGGGUCGAGUGUGGUUUAACGGGUUUUCAACGGUCAAGAAGAACAGAGCUAACUAGACAUGUUGUUAUGAAUAAAUGUAGAUAACUAAAU